AUGGAUAUUGAGAUUCUAAGUGGUGCCGAAAACCUUGAAACUGAAGAUGCUACGUUAAAAAAACAAGAUGUACCAAAAUUAAAUGAGAAGGAAGCUCUGGUUUUACUCAAUGAAGAGCUCAACUUGAGUAACAAGGAUGUACAAGAGUCAUAUUCCCUUACCAAAGAAAAUACUCGAGAGACAAAUUUUGAUAAACAAUUGACAAGUAUAAAAGCUGCUUCAUUGAAAAAAAUCCCAAAAAAGAGAAUUUCACGACAUUCGUCUUUUUCAAAUUCAGAAGAAAGAGAAAUAAGCCAAAAUGAGUGCUCAUAUAGUGACCAAUCUAUUGAUUCAACUAUAGUGCCUCCGCUUAAUAAAAAACGAAAAAUGAACUUAAAGGUGUCAUCGGAUUCAGAAUCAAUUGAAGAAAAUUCACAGAGAACUGGUCCAAAAUCAUUUGAUAGUGUACAUUCUGGACAUAACGCAAAACGUAAAUGGACUUCUAAACGUAAAACAACAUUCUCUCCAACAUCAAACCACUCAGAUCUUCAACAACAAAGGCUAAAACCAAAUAUUCCAAGAACAGAAGACAAGAUUCAAGAGGAUCUUUUAAAUUCACCUGGACAAUCACCAUUUAACCAUACGAAUUCAAAUCAUCUUGAUAAAUAUCACAAAUAUAAACCCUUAAAAAUGUCGAAUACCAUUAUUGCUGAUAGGAAGCUAUUUAAUCAAUUCGACAAAUGAAUAGAAUUGCGGCAAAACAUGAAUGAUAAGCAAAAUAUUCUUGCUGAUUACGUUGACGUUCAUAUGGAUAUGUGCCAAUUAUUAAUGAAAAUAUUUAAGAGCAGUAUUUAAUAUGACUUCACAAAUAAAUUCAAAAAUCUCAAUAGAAGAAAUCGAAGAUUUUUUAGAAUUUAAUAAUACCUUAAAUGAUCCAGAUCAA